GGAUGUAAACAUGGCGGCCCAGCUAUAUUAAAAUUCAAUUUCACUUCCCCGCAUUUUGCAACUGAAACCGAUUGGUGUACUCGAUAUCUUACCACGAAGUGUUACGGUUUUUGCGAUUAAAUUGGGGAAGCAUAAGAGAUGCUGAUGCUCUAAUUACGCAGAAGGAAGACAAAUUUUGUACUUACUCCUCAAAGUGAAUCAGUAUGUCAUGGUUUACUGACCUUGCUGGCAAGGCAGAGUUCCUGUUGGAAAAGGUUGAUACUGCUGCAGCUUCCGCACUUACAAAGGACCAGAUUAACCAAGAAGCUGGUGGAUUCAGUAAAAAUGUUAUUCCAACUGAACCCAUAGGAAGCUCUGUUUCAACACAGCGACCAACUCCGGCGCCAGUUGUCAACCAAGGAGUUGAUUUUCCAAAGAAAGCCAGUGAGAGCAGUGUAUUAGGUGGACCUACAAUCCCUAUCAAGGCUCGGCUACCUUCUUCUGGUUCUAAGACACCCCCAAGGGUAACAAGAACAGAAAACAAAAGUGAUGAGAAAUUAUUUGAGUUCCUCAAUAGUAAUAUUCCCACCUCUAAGGAAAGGAAACCUAUAAAACCAAAAGUAAUGACAGUUACAGAAACAUCAUCUGAUGCAGUUGUUAAAGAUAAUGAUACUUCACUGCUGCUUCAACAAGAUGCUGCAGAUGGAAGAAUUAAUGAUGGAGUAAAAGAAACAGAGAAACAGCUUCAAAGAAGUCAGCAACAGUUGGCAGCUUCUGAGGAAGUUUCCAGACAACUGAGAGGAAAGGAGGAUGAUUAUACAGAGGCACUUAGUGCUAAGGAUUCACAGCUGGCUGUGCUUAGGGUCAGGAUACAGGAAUCAGACCAGGAGCUGAAGACCAAACAGCAGCAAAUUGAACAGUACCAGUUAGAGAGGGAGAGGCUACUUCAGGAUCACUCAGCAUCAACUGGUGUUCACAGUCAUGCAUUAGACACUCUGAAGGCCAAACUGGAAGAAACUGAAAGCAAACUUAAAGCUGAACAGGAAUCUCAAAAGAAACUUGAGCAAGAGUCCAUGGAAAGGCAAACGAAGCUAGAAGGGGAACAAGCCGCCAUGGCUGAGUCACUCAAAACGUUGCAAAAGAGAGUCAAUGAAGAGAAGAAUAAGAAUAGUGAGAAUGCUACAGCACUGAAAACAGCAAAAGGAAACUUAGAAACUGCGAGACAAGAACUGAAGGACUAUAAAGAUAAAGCAGCCAGAAUUCUUCAGGCUAAAGACAAGGUGAUAGCAAGUCUCCGUGAUGGAAGUAAAGGUGAAGUCACAAGUGGUGUUACUAGUUCAGAGUUUGAUGAGGUCUGCCAUGAGAGGGACAUGUUUAAAGAUGAAGUCAACCAAGUCAAGUACAAAAUGGAGCAACUGAAGGCUGAUUUACAGGACCUGGAACAGCAGCAACAGUCUGAGGCAGAUCUUGCUCGAGAGAAAAUAGAAGAAUUAGAGAGUGCUCUAGAAGACGAAAAAAGGAAGAAAGACGCCUCUGAACAACAAAUUCAACAGCAUCUCCAAGAUCUACAUGAGGCCCAAGAUGAAAUACGAGCAACUAAAAGCAGCUUUAUGAGCCAGUUACAGGAGAGGGAGAAUGAAAUUCAGAAACUUAGAAACCAGCUUGCAACUAAGGCGCUUACGUCUACGAGUGAGGAGGAACUGGGAAACAGGGUCCGAGCGCUGACGGAAAACCUCAUUCAGAAACAAACACUGAUCGAGGCCUUGAGCACAGAGAAGAAUUCUUUGGUGCUACAAUUAGAGCGGCUGGAGAAACAAUACAGAGAUGUACAGGCGUCUACUUCCAAAGUGAUUGCUGGCUCAUCGGCAACUUAUGACGGUUUUGAUGACAACGACGAGAACACGCUGUCACGUGUGAAAUCAAUAUCUUCCAUUAUGCCCUCGCAACUUAACGACUCCAGAAAAGUUAAACGAGCUGUCAAUGAAAUCGACAAGUUCAGUAUAAGACUUGGUCUUUUUCUCAGAAGGUAUCCCAUCGCACGGCUUUUUGUCAUCAUUUACAUGGUGUUGCUUCAUUUAUGGGUCCUGGUUGUUCUCAUCACCUACCAACCCGAGGUUCACACACCUGGUUCAGCUUAUCUGCCUCAACCUCCUGGUGGCGGCUAGUUCUUGGGCGUCACACAAGUAACGGAAAUUAUUCAUUUCAAAUAAGAAUCCUGAACUAGCAGGGAAUAAUCCGGUUACGGGCUUGUAACGGAAGGAAACCAAAGACCAAAGGUGGAAAAACUUUCUGAGCAAACAACAGUUAUGAGCGCAACAAUAAGAGAUAGAAAGAAACAGAACUGUUGAUUCAGCACAGAAUACAGAUGUUUAAAGACCUAAUGCUUACUCAGGCAGUCAGUCAAACUUGGAAUAAAUUCUGCCUUUCUCUUAGAUUAGUGUACGGUGAAGAGAUAGUGUUGUAUGACUUGUAUUCAAGUAAGAAACGUUCAAGAAACUUCAGUGCAGGGUUGGCUGUGAUUAAAAUUUCGCAGCUGCCAGUUGAAGAUCACGAGCGUGAAUUUCUAUUGAAAUAAAAUUGCGCCGACACGUAGACAGUUUACAUGUAAUAAGUUCUACACACACAUACCGAUCUGAUAAGGAUUCUUUUAACAUAAACAUAAUAAAAAUCUUGUCAAAAAGUAA